AUGAAUUAAAAAGAUGAAUAAUUUAAUGAAGAAAUCUGUGUGAAAAUAAAGACCUUAGAUAAUCAUACUUUAGAUGUUCGUAUUAAAUAAAAUCAAUCUGUGAAUGAUCUAAAAAAUUAAAUUGAAAUAGUAACUUGUUUAUGUUUAACCAAGGUCUCAAGCAUUCCAUCAUCAAGAUAAAGAUUACUAUUUAAGGGAAGAUAACUUAAUAAUGAGGAUACUUUGAUUUCUUUAAACAUAGAGGAUUAAUGUGUUGUUCAUUUAGUUGCCAAUAUGCCUGAAUUUGAAUCAUCUCCUUUAAAUAGAGGAUUAUCUACUAGUUCAUUUGAUGAGCAUGAUAAUAGAAAUAGUUGUAUUUAUAUAUUAAAUAUACAGUUGAUGUACAAGAGAACAGAAGAAACUCUAGAAAAAAGGUAUUAUAGCAAAGAUUACAUGGAUUUUAAUAACUACCAACAAGGAAUUCAUUGUAAUAAAAUGUUAUGACAUUACAUAAUCUAUUAUAAUCAUUUAAUACAGUAGCUGAAGCCAUUGAAUAGGGAUAAAUAUUUGCUUAGAAAGACUUUGAACUUGGUUAAUGGAUAGAUUUUAAGGAUUCUUAAGGAGAAUGGAUUGAAGGUUAUGUUGGAUAAAAAUAAUAAAAUCAGGUUUUAAUUAUUCAUUAAAAUGGUGAAGAAUGGAUAGGAGUUCCAUCUAAUAGAUUAGCAUUAUUCAGAUCUCAUACUAUAUAAAAAACUUAUCACAUGUCUCCUAUUUUAAAUAAUCAUGAAUAACAAUAAUUAUGGAGUUUUAGUGAAUUACUUGGUUAAACAGCAAUGUUAUUAUCAAGAGCUGGCAAUAUGAUGUCUAGAUUAGCAGAUAGUGUAGAAGACAAAUCUAUUCCAUAAAGUAAGAAGGCUGAUAUGUCUAAUCUUAUAACUGGAAUGAUUGAGGAACAAAGAAGGAUACAAGAAGAAAAGGUUGAAAAAUAAGAUGAUGUUGCAUCUCUUAAAUCUAUGAAGUCUAUGAAAUCUGAUAAGAUAUCUAUUGAUUAUGAAACAUCAUCAAUUAAAUCAAUGAAGUAAAUUUUAAUGACUUAAAUAAGAUCUGAUAUCUCUAAAUUAACUACAUAUUUUAUGGGACAUAAUCAUAAUACAAUGAUGGCUGAAAAUAUAGCAGAAGAAGAAGAGAACAGUAGUUAAGAUAUGUCAGUUGAUAAUCAAAGAGAUGCUCCAAAUAUUUCCAAAGAAUUUAAGGAAAAUUAUAUAUAUUAUGAGACUUCUUUGUUGGCUGCCUAAUUAGCACCUUUAUCUGAUAGACUAGGGAGAUUAUUGUAAUAUUUUGCCUUUAUUUUUUAUAGAGUUGAUUUAUCCCCAUAUCUUGCAUUGAGUGGAUCCAAUAUAAACAAGUAAUCUUAUGUUAUAUGAAGUAUCUUUCAAAAUCAUCCUAAUUCCAAUAUAUCCAAUUUAUCCAUAAUAACUAAUGAAGGCAGUCAGUAUUCAACUUAAGCUAAGCAAUAUUAUUUUUAAGUCCCUAUUAUGUUAACUCCUUAUGAAUUACAUACACAAUCAUAAUAUGGAGCAUCAGCCAACAGAAUUGUAGGAGAUAAUUUAGAUAUUUUGAAUCAUUUAAACAAUAAUAAUGGUAAUCCAAGACAAAAAAGAACCACUAAAAAAGAAGAAGAAGAAAAAUAAUAAUUUGUAACAUUAUAUAAAAAUAAACCAACCUAAUCAUAUCAAUAAUAAUAUUAAUAAUAAUAAUAAUAAUAAUUAUAAUAAUAUCAAUAAAUGAAAGAAUCAAAUUUUUAAAAUACUGAAUAAGAUGAAACAUAAUAUUUAUAAUAAUAUUAAUAAUAAAAGAAAUAAUCUAUUGAUGGAUAAAUUAAAAAGAAAAAGAAAGGUAAAGAAGUAUCUUUUUCAGAAUAAAUUAAUCAACUAAAAAAAGAUAAAUAAUUUUGA